AUGCAUAUGUCAGCGAGACGAGCAGCAGCAUUUACAGGAACUCCUGCCUAUAUCGCCAAGACAGUAGCAGUGGCGUCUCUCACUGCUGCCGCUGCCGUGACGCUCACACUUCAAGGCAACUUGGCUGGUAAUAUUGCUGAGUGUGAUGCUACAGCUUCUGUUAACAAGAUGACCAAGGUCUCAACGAAGCCCGAUAUUUCAGCCCUGGAUAUUAGCGUGUUGGACGACACUAACGUGCCCAUGCGCAAGCGGAUGGAGACGUACGUCAAGCUGUUGCAGCGUCGAUUGGUGGAUGAUAUAGAAGCGGAAGAAAAUGCUGGACGUACAUCGCAUGAACCUAAGCAUUUUACCGUUGAGUCUUGGACCCGCAAGGAAGGUGGAGAAGGCACAUCAUGUGUGAUUCAGGACGGUGAAGUGUUUGAAAAAGGCGGGAUUAAUGUGAGUGUUGUAUAUGGUAAUUUGCCGCCUUCUGCAAUCCGACAAAUGUCUGCAGACCACGGUGGACUCACUGAACGUGUAGGAUAUAAGAUCGAGGGUCGUGACGCCGAAGUGGAUGGCUUGCCCUUCUUUGCGACGGGCAUUAGUGUGGUAAUCCACCCCAAAAAUCCCAUGGGACCUACGGCGCAUUUCAACUAUCGAUACUUUGAAUUGAUGCAUCCCAAGACACUCAAAGAUGGCUCACCUAACCCGCGCUAUAAAAAGGAUGAGCCUGUAGCCUGGUGGUUUGGCGGUGGCGCUGACUUGACACCGAUGUACCUGUUCCCUGACGACGCAAAGCAUUUCCAUGAGAUUCAUAAGGCUGCCGCUGACUCUCAAGACGCUGCCUUUUUCCCUGCUUGGAAGCGAUGGUGUGACAAUUACUUUUGGUUGACACACCGUGGCGAGAGUCGCGGUAUUGGUGGUGUGUUCUUCGAUGACUUGACUUUGCCAUCAUGGACAAGCAACAAGGCGACAUUUAUUCCACUGGUCGAUGGCUCAAAGAAUACAGACCGGCAACUUGUGUCGGCUAAGCAACAUGACAAAGAGUCACUCUUCCGUGCUGUCCGUGCGAUGGGCGAUGCUUUCAUCCCCGCAUACCUACCGUUAGUGCACAAACACAAAUACGACAAGUUCACAUCUCAAAACCUUGAGUGGCAGCACCUGCGCCGUGGCCGCUACGUUGAAUUUAACCUUGUGUAUGACCGUGGCACCAAGUUCGGACUCAUGACCCCGGGCGCACGAAUUGAAAGCAUCCUGAUGAGCUUGCCUCUCUUUGCGAGAUGGGAAUACAUGGAAGGAACAACCGGCACAGGGCGUCAAAACUCGACAGCUGCCAGUAUGAAUGAUAUUGAUAACCAGAAGAAGUACCCGGAGGAAGAGAUGAGGGCCCGUGCAGCUAUUCAAGACGUGCUGGAGCAUCCACAGGACUGGUUAGCCUAG